AUGGAAAACUCGAGAAUCACUGUUGCAAUUUUAGGACACAGUUUUAUUCGUAGGCUUGAUGAUAGCUUUCGCCGUCAGAUACUGCCUGCCAACUACGACCUGAAGGAAUGUUCGGUGAUCCACAGGGGACUUGGUGGACUCUUGGCUUGUGAAAACUAUAACGGUCUUCGAACCUGUACUAACUAUUUCAAACACAAGUUCGACAGCUUUCUAAACACACACAAGCCUCGUGUUGUUGUGCUACAGCUAGGGGAAAAUGACAUUGACUCGGGAAUACAGCCACUUGAAGUAGCCAGUACAUUGGAGGAAAUAGGUUUAAUGUUGCUGAAAGAUUAUAACGUUGGACAUGUUGUAAUAUGCGAAUUAUUCACACGUCUGAAGCCGAAAAAUACAACAGAUGAACAGUACGAGUCGAAACGGGUCCAAGCAAAUCAAAUACUUAAAACCCUACUGGAAGGUCACAAACACAUCCGUUAUUGGAACCACAGGCGAAUAUUCCGAGCCCAAACACAAAUCUUUGCUAAGGACGGAAUCCACCUGGGCCCAUUUGGACAGAGACGCUUCUACAGGUCGUUGCGGCAUGCUAUUAUGACGGCGGUCAGACAGGCCACAUAA